AUGAUGAUUCCUGAGAGGCCCGCUCGUCUCGUGAGCGCUUUGAAUCCUCUGCUCGCCUACAUUCUGGGUGGCGGCUUGAUUCUGCUGGGUCUUCACGCCUUCAUUCGACCACGACAGGAAUACAAGAGGUUCGGUCUACCCCUCGAACAUGCUCAGCCGAAUGCAAAGACCGAAAAGCACUCCCCGCUCAUGUUCCUGAAGGGCACUCGCGAAGUCACCUACGGCCUCGCGCUCGUCGCACUACAGUAUCAAGGCAAUGUGGGCGCAGUCACAGCGUUCGUGGUCGUCCUGGCCCUCGCGGGGCUCGCAGAUGGCUUCGUGGUCUGGCUCCACGGCGGACAGGAACUGAAGCGCAAGGCACUUGGGCACUGGUUCGCGUUUGUUGUGCUUGGCAGCUGGGCGGCGUGGAGGGCGCAUCAGGUCUGGGAGGACUCGGAUGAGCGCAAGUGGCCUGAUGGGCCUUACCAUAUCUGGAGCUCUUAG